AUGACGGGAGUCCUGAAGGAGAAGCAAGAAGCCCCCCCGGCAGAGGGCGACACUGUCCAACAUGGGGUGAGAGAAAAGCUCGAGUCGAGUACGCUGGCGCCACCUCCACCACACGUCGAAAACAUCGUUACACGAGGAGGUGUUCGCGUGCAUCCGCAACCGACCAGCGAUCCCCUGGAUCCGUUGAACUGGACCAGUUUCCAAAAACACACGAUUCUUGCCGUGGUCAUGUUCAAAUACUUUAUGUUCACCUACAUCACAACGACGACCGUGGCCAGUUUCCCGGAUUUGCAGGAGCAAUAUAACAUCAGCUACUCGCAGGUCAACUGGACGGUGGCGAUCCCGGCCUUGGGUCUGGCGGUCGGCCCGCUGAUCUUCUCGUCGCUGGCGGACAUCUAUGGGCGGCGCAUCGUCUUCAUCUUUGGCACGUUGAUGGCCUUUGGCGCCACCGUGGGCGCGGCGAAAGCGCCCAACUACGGCGGCUACAUGGCGGCGCGGUUCUUCCAGGGGUUGGGCGUGUCGCCAGCAUCAACGGUGGGGCUGGCAGCCAUCAACGACAUGUUUUACGAGCACCAGCGCGGCCAGAAGAUUGGGCUCUGGGUGUUGGCCAUCGACAGCGGGUUGCUAGUCGGGCCGAUCAUCGGCGGGUUCAUGAACAUUGUGUCUCCGGCGUGGGUGCAAUGGCUGUGUGCCAUCUUGUUCGCCGUUUUGCUGGGCCUCGAGCUCCUGUUCAUGCCUGAAACCCUGUACCCGCGGAACAAGAUGCUGGCGGAACUGCCGCUGGCGACGGCGGCCGACGAGCCGGCCAUCGACAUUGAGAAGGUGCGACGGCGUCGUAGCGAUGUCGGAGCCAUCAAUCUGGCGCGCACCAAGAAGCUGGCCUACAUCAACGUGCAGCCAGUGCCCGGGAUGCGCCACCCGGCGCUACACUACUCGGUCCUGCGCUUCGUGCUGACCUGGAAGUUCCUGGCCGUGUCGGUCUCGGUCUUCACCUACUGCUUCGUGUGGUACUGGUGGGUGCUGAGCGUCAUCACCAUGCUACCUGCCGCCUACCCGGACUACAAGCCGCAGAUCCAGGGUCUACUGUUCCUCGGCCUGCUGCUGGGCACGCUGUUCGCCGAGAUCUUCCUAGGCGGCGCCCUCAGCGACCUCGUGUGCACGCGGCUCGCCAAGCGCAACGGCGGAAUCCGCCUCCCCGAGAUGCGUCUGUGGCUCGUCUACCCGGCCGGCCUGCUGAGCGCUGUGGGCCUGAUCCUCUGGGGCAUCAGCAUCGACCGCGCCUACCACUGGAUCGUCGGCCAGAUCGCCUUCUUUUUGUUUGCCGCCGGCAUCCAGAUGGGCAACACCGUCGUCUGCGCGUACAUUGUCGACUGCUAUCCGCUGCAGAGUAUGAGCAUGAUUACCUUCUACGCCGUCCUGCUGAAUCUGUCUGCCUUUGUUGAUCCGUUCUUCAUCGCCCCCUGGCAGGCCGACUCGGGCUGGACCUGGUGUUUUGCCGCUCAGGGCAUAAUUGUCUUCUUCGGCGCCAUGCCUGUCUUUGCCCUCCUGCACAAGUUCGGCCCGGCCUUGCGGGCCAAGACGGGCACGCCUUCGUGGGUCAACCCGGAAUUCGACACGUCGACAUAG